AUGGCGAAUCCAGUGAACCUGUUUUUGUACCCCCCUGGUGUGACCUCGCGAUGUGGCUUGGAGUUGGCGUUUAGUGCCAACUUCACCUUCGCUAUCUUUUCCCAGAAUGGUGCUGCCAGGUCCAACGGCUUUGCGUUUGUGAUUGCAGAAAAGGCCAAGGUGGGGAAGCCUGGUGGUGUGGGGUAUGCUGGAGCGGGGGCUCAGAGCAUAGCCGUUGUCUUCAAGACGUUUCAAAACAACAAGCAGAGUAGCGAGCAGCACGUGGGGCUGCACAUCAACGGCGUGGAAAAAUCAUUGGUGGCGGAGAUCUCACCAUUCGCUCUCACCAACCGCGCUGCUGGAUACACGGCAUGGGUGGACUAUGAGCCUGGCUUUCCCGGCACCAUUCAAGUAUUCCUGGCUGACUCAACCGUGAAGCCAGAGUAUCCUUUGCUGAAGACGAGGCUAUCACUCUGUGAGCUGUUGCAGGUUCAAGUGAAGCCCUUCCAGCAAGCGUUCUCGUUUGGCUUCGUGGCGUCCACCACGGUGAAGCCCUUCCAGAGGAACAACAUUCUCUUCUCUUCCGUGCAAACAGGCAAGUGGGGUGAUGGUGAUGGCCAUGACUGUGCUCCUUCACCCAAGUCACCCGAGAUCAAAGAGCAAGAUGCCUGCUGGGCGUAUGCGGUGGUGGCGAGUGUGGAGGCAGCAUAUGGCAUUGCCAAGAAGGGCAGAGCUCCACAGCUGUCCGUGGAGGCCCUCUUUGCGGCCAUGGGGCUCACCGGCUCAGACAAGUGCAAAGCUGGCGGCUCCCCCGCCCAGGCCUUUGAGAAGCUCGUGGCUCUUAAUGCCAGUGGCAGCAGUGGGCUCACAGGGGCCAAUAACCUGGCAACUAGGUACCCGGUGCAGGCAUUUGAGCGUGCACAAUUCAAGGGGUAUGUGGGGCUCAUGCUGGCAGUGCGACGCCAGCCAGUGGUGGUUCACAUCGAGGCAUCUGCUGCCACAUUCAAGGCGUAUGAUGGGGUGAGUCAUUGCAACUCUCACCCAGUACGGUGCCUCAUUGUCCCACCGUGGCACAGUGCGGCUUGA